AUGGAAGCUCUAAUUUAUCAUGAAUCACCUAUCGCCGCAUAUUUAGAAGCAGACGCCGUUCCAUUCGAAUCCGCUGAUCCUCCCACCCGCUCUUCCUCCUGCGCCCAAACAUUCGCACCUCGAGGUCUUCCCAAACUACGCGAACGAUUGCGAAAUAUCCGCCAGACUGCGGCCUCUGUCACUGAUGUCGCUAACGAGCAAUUUCUCGAACGAUUUCGUUAUGUCAUUGUUGCAUCUCAACUCCUGUCCGAUGAUCCCAAGCCGAGACGACACCUUCAAGAUGAACAAACCUUCGAUCCGAACACCUUCUCAGUCAAAGGCGCGGCUAUAACCGCCGGGAUAUCCUUUUUAAUAGCAUGGUUUCUGCAUUUACUACGGCGCCGAUAUGAAACUCCUCAAUCACUUCGUCUUUCCGAAAUUUGCACCUCCAUUGUAUUAUUAAUUGGUGGAUGCGUUCUCUUAGUUCACUUCGCUCGCCGCCAGUACCUCGAUUUUGUCCGGCAUUCAGCGGGCUCAACAUUGGGGAAAGUGGUUUCAAAUUCACAUAAUUUUGACAGGAUUGCUGCCGAGGGACUUCGGUUUGUACAAGAGGUGGAGAUUGUCUCUCGAGGAUACGACCUCAGUAGCCCGCUCCCUCCAAUCAGUCGUCUCGAAGACAAACAACCCACAAGUCGGUGCCGGGAGUUACGAGCUUCGAUUGGCUCGAUCUUAACAGCGAGUAUCAGUCACGGUGUUGAAGCCCAUAAUGCAAUCCAACCUUUCGUCCGAGACCUUGACCUGCAGAGAUACCACGACAUAUACGAGGUUUCAAUACAGGAUUAUGCCGAUGCGGUGACCUUUGCCAAUGGUACCACCCUUGAUCCACAGGACUCACUGAAGGAACUUCGGUUUUUGUUUCGACUUCAUCUGAUCGCGAGGAAAGUUUUCCUUUGUGACUUACUCGCACUUCAUUCCGGGUCCACAUGGUAUAACAUUCAUCAAUGGCGAAGCACCUUGAACCUUCUGCAAGAAUUUGAUACUGCCACUUCCCAUGCAGCCCAUGAACUGCGAACGGCAAUUGUCAGGGAAGAAUUUGGUGACAAUUCACAGCAUGCUUGGACGGGGGAUGCCGACCCACCUGUUGAGCGUGAAGCAGAGGCAGCUACUCCUCAAAAGCGUCAUGCCAAAGCACAGAUGCGCCGAUUCGAAGCUGUGGCUAGCGCUGUCCGCUCCCUGAACGCUAAGAUUCACCUGCUAAGAGAAGAGAUCAACGCAUCAUCAACAGAUGGCGAUGACUCCUCGCGCAGCGUGGCGAUCACCAGACACUACGACCAUCUAGGCACUGAAAUCCGAAAUAUUCUAGUCGAGUGGGAGAAGGGACGAAACACCAUGUUCCUCAAUGUCGGUGGGGACUCUGAGAAACGGUUUUCUCGAGCAUCCAGUGGAAUAAGAUCUCCCGCAUCGCCCUCCCCAAGUAGUCUUGGUGGUUUGACGAUCGUGGAUGGGGGCCCUGCAGAAGCAUUCAGCUUACUGAGUGGCGAAGACCGAAGUACUUGUGACGGGAUGGGAUUGGACGAAGAAGUGUUUGAAGCGGUGGCCAUGCCGCGCAAGAGAAUGUCAUGGGCCCCAAUGAGCCGUGAAGAAAAGCUCAAUAAACUUCAAGAGGACCGGAAAAAGCGAGCCACAUUGCAGGAGCAUGCAGAGAACACGACCAAUAUGUUGCGUGAACUGCAGAUGGUCAUCAAACAUCGCCCCAACGCUCGGUCUGAUACGCGAACCACUUCAAUAUAG